UUCAACUGGCCUUGGUCAGUCUUUCUGUUGUAUUCUUUCAAAGUUACAAACCAUCAAAAAGAUGAAAAGUGGUACAAGCCACCUUAAAUCAAAUGAGAUUAAAACAAUUCAAGCCCAUUCGUAGACUCCACGACCGAGUGAGGAGCUGAGGAAAAAAAAAUUAAUCAGGUAUUUUUAGUCAAUGAAAGUUUGAAUCUUGGCAACAACACUCUCGUUGUGGUAAUGUUUUCUCCUCCAUAACCUCCUUCUUAUAGUUUGUAUCGGCCUGCGAGGCAAACUAGGUUCGUGUCUCCGCGGCUUCGCUUGCUGUCGUCGUUCAAGAGAUGGGCGUUCGUGGACUUACAUCUUAUCUUAAAGAGUCAGCUCCAUUCCUUGGAAGACAGAUCGAGCUGCGAGACACAAAGCUUAUCAUAGACGGAGAUAACUUGUGUAACUACCUGUAUAAAGAAAACGGCUUCGAUUGCCGGUGUGGGGGACAAUACGAGGAGUUUUACAUGAAAGUGCUGUUGUUUUUCGACGCUUUAAAAUCUAAAGGUGUAGAAUAUUUCGUAGUUUUAGAUGGUGCAUAUGAUAAAAGCGACAAGAAGUUGGAAACGCAGAAGAAAAGAGCACAAGAAAGGAUCGAAACGGCUGACCGGUUGUUCAAGGAUGAAACAUCGCCUGAUGGCGAUGAAUACUUUCUACUUCCGCUUUUGGCGAAGUUUGUAUUCGCACAGGUCCUCAGGAAUCACCUCAUAAGAUUCGCUGUUUCCGACUGUAAGUUCUCUAAUGAAUUGCUUUUCUCUUUUCUUUUCUACAGUGAAGCAGAUCCUGACAUCGCCUCUUUAGCCAGGGAAUGGAAAUGUCCUGUUUUGAGGAAGGACUGCGAUUUCUUCAUCUUUGAUGUUAAGGGUGGCUUCAUCCCACUUUCUUCUUUCGAUGUCGAUCAUUUAACACCUCGCAUUUUCUACCGCAGUAACUUGGCAAGAUAUUUUGGAAUACGCGAAGAAUUGCUCCCUUUGUUCGCUUCCUUACUAGGCAAUGAUUACGUGAGUUGGGAAGCGCUGAAAUCCUUCAACCGCACAAUUUGGACUCUUUUCAGUGAUGGUCGCAGAGGAAAAGAAGUGAGGUUUUUAGGCGUCGCAAGUUUGCUCUCCCAGUUCUCUGACUCAAUCACAGAAACAAAAGCGUUUGAGUUCGCUUUGGAAUUGAUUGAGCCGGGUGAAAGCAGAGAGCGGCUAAAGCAAGCUGUCGAGUAUUCCCUUCAAGAAUACACAGUCACGAAAUCAAAUGUGUUGAAUUACUUCCGAGACGAAGCGGUGUGUAGUCUUCUUAGAACCCAAAAUAAUCUCGAACUUGAAGAAGAGGUAUUGCGCAUGUUUCGCGAAGGAAAGUUUUCUACCGAUUCUAUGAGCGGCUUAGCUGUGGGAAAAGUUUUUCUUAGAGCCCAGGUUGAGGACCGUGAGAGCAGAUCGUCCAAUCAGUGUUCACUGUCAUUGAGAAAGCUGGCGUAUGAGAUUUUAAGCGAUGAAGGAAGAAACAUGAAGAAGGUCGAAGAAUGGGAUAGAGAGGGCAUUGCAGUUAAGCACACAGAUAUUAAGCCUUACAAUGAUGGGGUCCCUUCGUUGAGCUCUAUUCCAAGCCUUGAUCUUCAAAGGAGAUUGACGUUGUCCUUGGAUGCGCUUGAUUCAGACACAGCUUACAUGGAGUCAUUACCAAAAGAGCUCCCGUUAGUCGCAACAUCACUACGUUUUCUCCUCCGCAACGGGCAUCCACCCCUGGAGACAAGCCAUCUGUCUGCUAUACUUUGCAGUUGUGUCCAAUUAGAGGAUGACUCGCGGAAACAAUAUCUAGAAACCAGAAAAUAUAGAUCUCAACCCUUCGAUGAGAGAGCAGCGCAAAGCUUCUGUCAAUGGCAGUGUGUUUUGAGAGAUGUCAUUAAUCUAAACUUCGUUUUGUCUGAGCCUUUACAGACACCGUGUAUUCAAAAGACUUUUAAUGGUCGACUGGCACAUUGCCUCCAAGAUGAACUGAAUGAAGGUCGUAGGCCAGAAACCUUACUAUGUUCUCCAAGCAUUUUUCUGCGAUAUAAGGAGCUUUACACUGCGAUUACAGACCGGGAAGUCAUAAAAUGUGUAUACACAGUUUUUGAGUAA